AUGUCAGCUCCACCUCGUCCCUUCAUCACAUGCCACGUCCUCGAGACCGUCUCAGGCCGUCCGGCUCCCGACAUGCGCGUCACCCUCUCGCUCCUCUCGCCCAAGAGCUCCACUAUCACCUCUCCCACCGUCUUCACCGCAUCCACAAACUCCGACGGCCGUGUGACUGCAUGGCAAUCCACUCAAGAAGGAGGCACCGUCACCACAUCCGAGCUCGAUCACCUGGUCAAUUCGCUGAAGUCUGAUCUCAAGGGCGAUGGCCAAAUGAACUGGAGCUUGGUCUUCGCGACGGAAGAGUUCUAUGGAAAGGGAAAGACUUUCUGGCCAGAGGUCGAGCUCAAGUUCUGCACGAGCAAGGAUGAGAGACACUAUCACGUUCCGCUACUGUUGGGCCCCUGGAGCUACACCACCUAUCGUGGAUCAUAG